AUGGCACGCUCUUUGCCACAGUUGCUCCUAGACUACCUGACUAAGCGCCGGAUCCACAGAAACCGGUUGGUCACAAAGGAUGGUCACUGCAACAUCGCAUAUGGCAGUGUGAGACACAGCCAAUUUUUCAUUUACUUUUUAGACUUCUGGACUACUUUAAUGGAAAUGCGCUGGCGUUACGUCCUCUUUCUCUUUGCAGCCGCCUAUGUUCUUGGCUGGUUCAUCUUUGGACUACUCUGGUACUGGGCUGCUUUUGCUAAUGGUGACCUAUACUGGCAAAACCCACCACCUGACCAUAACCCUUGUGUAAUAAAUGUUUUUGAUUUGACUGGUGCCUUCCUUCAGUCUAUAGAAAGUCAGAUGUCCAUUGGUUAUGGUUAUCGAAUGAUCACUCCAUAUUGUCCAAGUACCAUCACUAUAUUAACAUUUCAGGUUGUCUUUGGGACGGUGAUGAUCUGCUUUUGGUGUGGGGUAAUUAUGACUAAAGUUGCCCGGGGAAAAAAAAGAGGCAAAACCAUCAGAUUUAGCAGGAUGGCGGUUAUUUCAUCUAAUAAGGACAAACUCUGUUUGCAGAUACGAGUUGCAAACAUGCGCAAAUCCCUAAUGGUUGGAAGUCAGAUCUAUGGAAAACUUCUUCAAACAACCAUCACACCUGAUGGUGAGACCAUCAUAAUGGACCAGAUCAAAAUAAAUUUUAUUGUAGAUGCUGGAAAGGACAACGUUUUCUUUGUCUGUCCGUUGACUCUGUACCACAUCAUUGAUGAAUCAAGUCCGUUUUUUCAAAUGACAGCACAAACCAUUCAGCAGCAGGAGUUUGAGUUAGUGGUGUUUCUUGAUGGCACUGCAGAGUCCACCAGCUCCUCCUGCCAGGUCAGAACGUCCUAUCUUCCUAAAGAGAUCAUGUGGGGCUAUCAGUUCCUCCCUAUUAUCUCACGCAACAAAGAGGGAAAGUAUCAUGUAGAUUUCUCCAACUUUGCCAAAGUGGCUUCUGUGGAUACAGCACCCUGUGCCAGUCAUUUUGAAAAAUCACCAGGGGUCUCUUAUGGUUCCCCUAUUGACUGUGACAGUUUUUAG